AUGGCAUCCUCCAUUGUUUUAUGGUCCAUCUUAGUAUCUUUCACAGUUACUAUUAACCCUCCAUUUAUAGUGUUAGCAUCUGAAUCAUCAUCACCAGAAGCCAAAGCUCUACUCAACUGGAAAGCCAUCAGCAUACAGAGUGGAUCUCAUUUUCCUAAAUCCUGGAAUGCAACUGAUCAUGCUAGUCCAUGUAUGUGGGAUGGAAUAGUUUGCAACUCAGCUAGAAGGGUAACUGAGAUAAAUCUAUCCAAUUAUGCCUUAAAUGCCGAGCUCGACAAUUUGAAUUUCUCGUCUCUUUCGUGCUUAGUUCUAAUCAAUCUUAGUCACAGUGGAUUAUUUGGAACCAUUCCAAACACAAUUGGUAUGCUCUCCAACCUCACCUAUCUUUACCUUUCUCAUAAUUCUCUUUAUGGUGAACUGCUUUCUUCACUAGCUUCUCUUACUAGAUUAGCUGAGCUUGAUAUUUCUAGUAAUAAUAUAAGUGGUCAACUUCAUGAGUCUCUGUUCACCAACUGGACCAAACUCUCUUCUCUUAAUCUUGAUUACAAUCUGCUCAAAGGGGAGAUCCCUCCUGCUAUAGGUAAGUUGAACAAACUUAUCAUUCUCUCCCUCUAUGACAAUAGUUUCAAUGGCUCAAUACCUCAAGAAAUAGGAAACUUGAAGAAUCUCAAUCGGUUGUGUCUUGGCCUAAACAGGCUCUCUGGUUCAAUACCUUCAAGAAUAGGGAAUAUGAAAAAUCUGAUUUUGUUGGACUUAGCCUACAACAUGCUCACUGGUUCGAUACCUGAAGAAAUGGGGAAUAUGGAAAGUUUGAAUCUGUUGGAUCUGAGUUCCAACAACCUCACUGGUUCAAUACUUGAAGGAGUGGAGAACAUGAAAAACUUGAGUGAACUGGAUUUAAGUGACAACAUGCUUACUGGUCCAAUACCUUCAGGAAUAGAUAAUAUGAAAAAUCUGAAACAGCUGGAUCUAAGCACCAACAUGCUAACUGGUCCAAUACCUGCAGGAAUGGUGAAUCUUAAGAAUCUCGACGAAUUGGACCUAAGCAAUAACAUGCUUACUGGUUCAAUACCUGUAGAAAUGGGGAAACUUAAGAAUCUCCAUCAAUUGAAACUAAGCAGUAACAUGCUUACUGGUUCAAUACCUAUGGGAAUUGGAGAUUUGAAACAACUGGUACUACUUAAUCUGAGUCACAACAAACUAAAUGGUUCUAUACCUACACGUAUUGGGGGACUUAAUUUUCAUUACUUGGAUAUGGAUUUGUCCUACAAUGAUUUAGAGGGUCCUGUUCCUAAU